AUAAUUAUGAAAUGAAAAGUCAAAAUUAUGCCACACUAAAUCAUAAUUAUGAGAUGAAAAGUCAUAAUCGACUUAAAAGGUCAAUUAUGAUAUUCAAAAGUCGAAAUGACAACUUUCUAUAUCAUAAUUAUGACUUCAAGCCAUAAUUUAAACUUUUUAAUCUUUAUAAUUAUGAUUUAGUAUGUCAUAAUGACUAUGUCAUAAUUUCAACUUUUUAUGUCAUAAUUAUUUACAAAAGCAUGAUUUGUUUUUUCUUGUGUAGCAGAAAUGGCUUCCAAAGUGUUGGAGUAUCUUGUGUGUGUUUUCUGUGAUUGUUCUCUUUAUGGAAAUGAAAGUCAGCCGGUGACCUGACCUCUCUCUCCAGCUGAUGUGUUGUUUUUCUCUUGAACUUUGACCUGAUGUGACAGUAACUCAUGGUGCUGUGAAGGACAGAGCGGGAGAGAGAGACAGGAACCACUGAUGUGUGUUAAAGGGAUGCGGAGCGCCGCGGGAUCCAGCCAGAGAGCGGCAGCAUGCUGGCCUCAUCCGUGCGUCCGCGGGCGUCUUCCACAGCCUCCCGGUCUCUGUGUGUCCGGCCGGCCGGGCGGAGAGAGGAUGCGGAGCCACCGGUGCGGAGGAGAGCAGUGCGGGGCUUCCAGGAGAUUCCUCACACCGGCAGCAACGGCUGGAUCAACCUGCUGCGCUUCUGGAAGGAGGGAAGAUUCAGCCUCCUUCACAAGCACAUGGAGAACACCUUCAGACAGCUGGGACCCAUUUACAGAGAGAAUCUGGGCUCUCAGAGCACCGUGAACAUCAUGCUGCCGACGGACACCAGCGAGCUCUUCCGCUCCGAGGGCCUCCACCCGCGCCGCAUGACCCUACAGCCCUGGGCGAUGCACCGAGAGACUCGCAGACACAGCAAGGGCGUCUUUCUCAAGAACGGGACAGAGUGGCGCGCCGACAGGCUGCUGUUGAACAAGGAGGUGAUGAUGGCUUCGGCCGUGCGACGCUUCCUUCCUCUGCUGGACGACGUGGCGCAGGACUUCUGCCGUUCACUGCGACAGCGGGUGGAGUCGGAGGGGGUGGGGGAGAAGGGUCAGCGCAGCAUGACCCUUGACCCUAGUCCUGACCUCUUCCGCUUUGCCCUGGAAGCGAGCUGCCACGUUCUGUACGGAGAACGCAUCGGUCUCUUCUCGUCCUCUCCGUCUGAAGAGUCGGAGCACUUCAUCUGGGCCGUUGAGCGCAUGCUGGCCACGACGCCGCCGCUGCUGUACCUGCCGCCCCGCCUGCUGCUGCACCUGCGCGCCCCCCUGUGGACGCAACACGCCACUGCAUGGGACCACAUCUUCAGUCACGCGGAGGCGCGCAUCCAGCGGGGGUAUCAGCGUCUGCAGGCGGGGGCGUCCGGAGGAUCUGACGGGCGUUUCCAGGGUGUGCUGGGGCAGCUGAUGGAGGCGGGGCAGUUAUCGUUAGAGCUGAUCAAAGCCAACAUCACCGAACUGAUGGCCGGUGGAGUCGAUACGACCGCCAUCCCGCUGCAGUUUGCUCUCUUUGAGUUGGCGCGCAACCCUGACGUGCAGGAGCGUGUGCGAGCGCAGGUGCUGUCGUCAUGGCAACAGGCAUCAGGAAACCCCCAGAAGGCCCUGCAGGGGGCGCCACUGCUGAAAGGAACCGUGAAGGAAACACUGAGGCUGUAUCCGGUGGGAAUCUCCGUCCAGAGGUAUCCGGUUCGAGACAUCGUCCUCCAGAACUACCAUGUGCCGGCAGGGACGCUGGUGCAGGUGUGUCUGUAUCCUCUGGGCCGGAGUCACGAGGUGUUCGAGAGUCCGGAGCGCUUCGAGCCGAGCCGCUGGGCCGGAGCUGAGACGGGUUCUGGAGGAGGUUUCCGCUCGCUGGCGUUCGGCUUCGGGUCCAGACAGUGUGUGGGCCGCAGGAUCGCAGAGAACGAGAUGCAGCUGCUGUUACUGCACAUUCUGAGGAACUUCAGACUGACAGUUUCAUCCAGAGAAGAGCUGAACACUAAAUACACACUCAUACUGCAGCCCGAGUCUCCGCCCAGAAUCACCUUCACCACACUCUCACAUUAACAACCAAUCAAUCAAUCAAUCAAUCAAUCACUGCAGUUUGAGAUCGACCGACACCAUCAGCAGCACCUUCAUCUGCAAGCAUGAAUAAGUAAAAAACACUCAAAUUUAACUUAAAAUGUACUUCAGGAUAUUGAAUAAUGUAUGUUUUAUAAAUGUGAUCAUUUUGAGCAUACAGAUUAAAAUAUAAAAUAUAUUUGUUACAAAGUUCAAAUAAGUACACAGAAAUUUAACUAAGUAUUUUUCUGAAAUAUGUUUUGGUAACACUUUAGAAUAACUCACACUAUGAAGCAUUAGUUAAGCAUUAGUAAAUAGUCAAUUC